UUCGGUAGCAGGAGUCGGAGUAAGUUUAACAUUAGAAACUAAGUUUUCCAGCUUCUCGCAACAGGCACUAGCCUACUUUUCGAGGUCUAAUAGCCUGCAUUUUGCACAAAAUUCCUCACAUCUCCUAUUAGCAGCGCAAGAUGAAAGUUUCAUGCUCCUUGUUAUUGUUGAGGGAAGAUGAGUAGUGUUUGUCAGUAUGCCACAGUUCAGCUCGGCACAAGGAUGACUAAACUAAUUUUCACUAACGUUAAGAAAUUUAGCACUAGGGAGAAAGUUAUUGAAUAUGUUCUUCCAAGGCUGAAUCAGUAGCUGGGAGAAAAUCUCAUGCAUUUAUUAGUGUUGAGGAGCGUGAAUUCUGCCAUAGAACUUAUGUUGCAUGAUACACACUGACCAGGAAGCCAAUGUAAUCAUGUUAUUUUGCGUAGCCGUUGAUUUGCAUGUCUAAGCUUCGUUUCUCAGCAGGUGUGGGUAGUGUGUUCUCUCAUAAUUGUUACAGAUUUUUGAGCAUGGGGGGGGGGUGCUUGUUUUUACUAAAAUGUAAGGACAUACACGAUAAAAUCAGGCAUUUGUGUUUGUCUUUCCCCUGUAGCAUGAGGGAGAAAACUGCCAUUUCAGAAAUGACAAGUCCGUUUCUUCUUAAAAAAAAACAAACAACCCCAAAAAACCAACCAACCCCCAGAACUCCCCAGCCAUCUAAGGUAUAAAUAUACAAGAUGUCCACUGCCCUCAUCACUGAAAAAAGUAGUCUUCCAUCAAAAGGGGAAAAUGAAACAGAAGUUCUUUAAGCCAUCUCUUGGGAGAUACAUAUUCCCAGGGGCUUCAUGCUAUCAUCCUGCUGAGUCAAAAACACUGAAGUCCAAACGUGUUGGUGACAAAAUUUCUUUCCGGCAAGUAAAAUAAAAAUAAGUACUCCCCUUACUUCUGGUGGGACAGAAGAGAGGAGGAUGAAGUGGGAAUUUCCCAGUAAACUCAGAAGGCUAGUCUGUAGUUACACCUAGUCUAUAAGGGUAAAUUGUAUGUGCUCUAAAUAGAUGUGUUGUAUUAGGUAUAGUUGAUAACGGAACUGAAGUAACCUUGAAAAGACCUGACAUGUUGGACUGCUGAGAAUCCAAGUGUUUGGACGGCAAGAGCAGUGAUAGAUCUCAGUUUCAGGACAAAUGAAGAGAAAGUGGGAAGAAAGACUGAAGAAAGUGGAAGAACUAGCAUCUCACUAUGAAAGAAACCCUCUUCCUCCAGUUUAUAGACCAAAACUGUCCAAACCCUUUCUGCCAUCCUCUGUUUGGAAAAUAUUUUGUCGGCAGGCUGAAGCUUUCGAUUAUGUAAAAACUUGCAAAGAGGAUGUUCAUGUAUUUGCCUUGGAAAAGAACACACAAAGUGGACAAAGGUUUUACCUUGUGACAACAUAUAAAGAGCUUUGGUUUUAUUACACUAAAGGUCAUAAAACAAGUCUUAUGCAUUGCUAUGAAGUAAUUCCUGAAAAAGAUGCUUGCAAACUUUAUUUUGAUUUGGAGUUCUACAAACCAGCAAAUCCUGGUGCAGAUGGCAAGAGUAUGGUUGCAAAGUUAAUUGAGCUUGUCAGCCAAAAAUUAAAAGAACUUUAUGAUGUAAAUUGUUCAGCCAAAGAUGUCUUGAAUUUAGAUUCCAGUACUGAUGAAAAAUUUAGUCGACACUUAAUAUUUCUACCCCAGAAGACUGUAUUUAAGGAUAAUAUUCAUGUUGGUAACUUUGUGAGAACCAUUUUGCAGCCUGCCAUAAGGUUAGUGGAGAGUAAAGCUGCUGCUGUGAUUCCAGAAGAAGGAGUAGGACAUGUUUUCCAGUGUUCUGCAGAAGGAGUUGGAUUGGGUGGUUCUCUUACAAACCUCACAGCUGUCGAAGAUGCUUCCAAAGGCUGGCCAGCCAUUGCUUGCAAAACAGAGGAUAUGGAAACAUCACACCAGGGAGAAAAUUCAGAAUUUUCCUUUCUGAUAGUAAAUGAUAAAGAAGGCAACAAGCAACUUUUUGUGGAUCUAGGAGUUUAUACAAAGAAUAGAAAUUUCCGGAUGUAUAAAUCAUCAAAAGCAGGAAAAAAUGUGAUUCUGAAGAUAGCAGAGGAUAAUAAGUUUGUCCCUAACUGUGAAGAGAACAUUUCCUUGGAAGAAGCAUAUUUUCUUUCCUCUUUGAUCUGCAACAUUAGAGCAAGUCAUGACACACAAGUUCUGUCAUCUGGCUUUUCAGAGGAGGAGAGAAAAAUGUCUGUUGUUUUAAACCGUGUAACUACCAGAAGCAGUAGAGAACCCAUGGAAGGUUAUGAGGAUUCACCAUAUCCAGAAAUAGAUUCUUUUGUUCGUUCUUUGGUUAAUAAAGAUGGGGUCCAAGGAGGGAUACGGCGAUGGAAUUAUUUCUCUCUCGAAGAAAUACUUGUAUAUGAUAUUUCUGGUUACCGCUGGUGUGAAAAUAUUGGAAGAGCUCACAAAAGUAACAACAUAAUGAUACUGGUAGAUCUAAAGAAGGAAGUCUGGUAUCAGAAGUGUCAUGAUCCAGUCUGCAGAGAAGAAAACUUCAAAUCACAAAGUUUUCCAUUACCACCUAGGAUACGUCUCUCGUUUCUUUUCAAAGAGGAAGAAGAGUAUACACUAAUGCAUGAAAAGGGGAACACAGAAGAAAAAGUAAAACCACCUUCUAGUACAUCAGACUUGUCAAAAAGCUCAAUAUCUCUAGAAAAAAGCUUGUCUCAAGACUUCCUGUUGUCAGACAGUGAGUGGAGCAAUGCAAGCGAUGAUGCCCGUUUCCUAGAAGCUACUGAAGAUGUGGAACUAGCUGAAGCUGCAGAUGAUAGUCUGAAUUAUGCCAUGGAAGAAAUUCCUGAUGAAGUUCUUUCAGAAGCUUUAAGGAAACAGGACACUUGCAAUAAAGAAGGCAGCUAACCACAGCCUUGGCUAGCAGCUAGCACUGAAGCUUGCAUAUCAUGUGCCUUCUGUGAAAGAUACUACAAUGUAGUCCAAAAGCGCUAUUCCAGAGCUGUAAGACAAAGAACUGAGUAAUGGCUAAAAACCAGGUAUUCUCACAACUGGAUGAUCUUCAACAAGCAUGGGGAGAUCAUGGCAGAUUACACAAGGGCUGAAGAGUGCUGGACUGAAAACUCAUUGUGAACACUGCUUCAAGUUUAGUGCUUUUACCGCCCUCUGCUGUGCGGUUUCUAUUUUGUUAGUUGUGUGUCCAAGUUUUACCGGUAAGCCAAGUAAAAUAGAUGACUUCCAGCAAUGGGAGGAAAU